AUGUCCACUACUGAGAAAUCAUCUGAUCGUCCAGCUGAUGAUCAAAUAAAAUCACAUGAAAGUCAUCUUCGCUCGAAUUCAUAUGAUCGGGCUAUGGUCGAUGAACGUUCAAAAAUAAAUGAUACAAUAGUGAAAAAUCCAUCUCCUGAAUAUAAUAGAAAAUUACCUGAAACUAAUCAAAUAAAUAAUGAUAUUUAUAUAAUUAAAUGGAUUGAAUUUAAUCAUGAACGAGUGCCUAUUCUUCUACAAAAUCUAAAUGGACCUUGUCCACUUCUAGCUAUUGCAAAUAUUUUAUUUUUGAGACAAAGAAUUCGUCUCGAUCCAAAUGCAGGUGCAAUUAGCACAGAACGUGUUAUAGCAAUCAUUGCUGAAUAUAUACUUCAAAUUGAUAUAACAAAAUUAUCCAAUGAAGAUCGUGCUAAUUUUGAGCAUAAUGUUGCAGAUGCACUUGCCGUACUUCCUAAACUUCAAACAGGACUAGAUAUUAAUUUAAUAUUUAAUGGUGUUGAUAAAUUUGAAUAUACAAGAGAAUGUAUUGUAUUUGAUUUACUUGGUAUACAAUUAUUUCAUGGAUGGGUUAUUGAUCCACAAAAUAAUGAAUUACAAAAGAUUGUGAAUGCAAAUGGAUCAAGUUAUAAUCAAUUAGUUGAAAAAAUGAUUCGACAAAGACAAUCCAAUAGAGAAGGACUUGCACGAGAAAGUUUAUUAAUUGAACAAUUUCUUGAAGAAAAUCGUUCACAAUUAACACAUUAUGGUAUACUUCAAUUAAAUGAAACAAUGCGUGAUAAUCAAUUAGCUGUGUUUUUUCGAAAUAAUCAUUUUAGUACAAUAUGGAAAUAUAAUAAGCAACUACUAUUACUUGUUUCUGAUGAAGGUUUUGCGAAUCAUACUUCGAUUGUUUUUGAAACAUUGACUGAUAUUGGCAAUGAUAGUUCAUUUACUGAUGGUUAUGGUCAAAAAUGGCAAAAACCAGUACCGGUGGAUGUAUCUCGAGAUCGUGAUUUGGCGAUAGCUAUUCAUAAUGAUGAACGACGUCAAUAUAAUGAAGCACAAUUACAGCAACCAAAACAGCAAAGACAACAACCACUACAACAACGAUAUUCUGAAGCAUAUUAUUGUGAACGAAGUUCAGGAAAAUAUAAAAAGAAACACAGAAGACCAUCAUAUGACGAAGAUCGUGACAGCUCUUGUAUUUUAUUAUAG